GACAGUCGGUGUUGGACACAUGUCUUUACACUUCCCCAAUUUCUAAUCAUCUCUCAAACAAUCACACGGACCUCGAACCAACCUCGCCAGCAGUUGCCACCUCGCCAUAACCAAACACUCCCACCAUGUCCUCUUCUUCCCCAUCACCCUCCUCUAGGGUUUUACAGCGUCUUCCAGGCUUCUUCUAGCCUUUUUUAUACAAAUUUACAGUACCACCCAAAAACCCAAAACACACUCAAAUUUACACAAGCCAACAGCAUAUAUUACAUACAUAUACAGUUUGAGCAGGUUUUAGAGAGAAAGAGGGGGAGAGAGAGAGAUGGGUCAAGACAGUAGUUUUACAGCUCAGAAGAGAAGUGCUGGUGGGUUGCCCACUAGCACCACUGGAACCUCGGCCAAUGGCCGAGCAGGUCGUGCUUAUGGGUCUCUGCCACGUGGCCGCCAGAUCCAGAAGACCUUCAACAACAUCAAAAUCACCAUCCUUUGCGGCUUCGUCACCAUCCUUGUCCUCCGAGGCACAAUCGGGGUCGGCAACCUGGGUAGCUCCGAGGCCGACGCCGUCAACCAGAACAUCAUCGAGGAGACCAAUCGGAUCCUCGCCGAGAUCCGAUCCGACUCCGACCCCAACGACCCGGAUGAGCUGACUCAGACCGAGAUCAACCCCAACAUCACAUACACUCUGGGACCUAAGAUCGCGAAUUGGGACAAAGAGCGGAACGCUUGGCUUCAAUCCAACCCUGAGUUCCCGAGCUUGGUUAACGGUAAGCCUCGCGUUUUGCUCGUAACUGGGUCUCCUCCUAAGCCGUGUGAUAACCCAAUUGGGGACCAUUAUUUGUUGAAAGUAAUUAAGAACAAGAUUGAUUAUUGUAGACUUCAUGGCAUUGAGAUUGUGUAUAAUUUAGCUCAUCUAGAUAAGGAACUUGCUGGCUAUUGGGCCAAAUUGCCUUUGAUUCGAAAACUGAUGCUUUCGCAUCCUGAGGUUGAGUGGAUUUGGUGGAUGGACAGUGAUGCAUUGUUUACUGAUAUGGUGUUUGAGCUUCCACUCUUCAAGUAUAAUAGUCAUAAUCUUGUAAUUCAUGGGUACCCGGAUUUGUUGUUUGAGCAGAAGUCGUGGAUUGCGUUGAAUACCGGUAGUUUUUUGUUUAGGAAUUGCCAGUGGUCUUUGGAUUUGCUUGAUGCUUGGGCUCCAAUGGGUCCCAAGGGUCCGAUAAGAGAGGAGGCUGGGAAGAUUUUGACUGCCAAUUUGAAGGGGAGGCCGGCGUUUGAGGCCGAUGAUCAGUCAGCAUUGAUAUACUUGUUGCUUUCACAGAAGGAUCAAUGGAUGGAGAAGGUGUAUGUUGAGAAUUCCUACUAUUUGCACGGUUACUGGGCUGGAUUGGUGGAUCGGUAUGAAGAGAUGAUCGAAAAGUAUCAUCCGGGGUUGGGUGAUGAGAGGUGGCCAUUUGUGACCCAUUUUGUGGGUUGCAAGCCUUGUGGAAGUUAUGGGGAUUACCCUGUUGAGAGGUGCUUGAGCAGCAUGGAGAGGGCUUUCAACUUUGCAGAUAACCAGGUGCUUAAGCUGUAUGGGUUUAGGCACAGGGGAUUGUUAAGCCCUAAGAUCAAGAGGAUCAGAAAUGAGACGGCCACUCCUUUGGAGUCUGUUGACCAGUUUGAUAUUCGGCGGCAUCCGGUGCAUGGGGAUAGUGGAUCACACAGCUAGUGAGUAAAACAUCCUCAAAUGUGUGAUUAUUGUUAGUUAAUGAUGUAAAACAUCAGUUACAGAAGAUUUAAACUUGAUAACAGUUCACGUUUACUUGUAUUUUUGUUUGAUCAGUUGUCUUCUUUCCAACUUCCAAGAACAAUAGAAUAGAAUUCUUUCACAAUCUUGAGAUCAUCUUUGUAUUGUGUUCUAGUAAUCCUUAAGGAGGAAUUUUAUUUAUUGAUGGCAGUAUACUUUGCUACGUUCUUGUUUUUCGGGUUGAUCCGAAACGUUAA